ACAACACACAUUGUGACGUUAAUCUUUCUUCGAUAAACUAUCGAAAGCCUGAAAAAGGAUAGAGCCCACUAAAAUUUUGUCCUCUACUCUAGUCACAAAGUCAACACAGCAAAAACCCUUUUGUCCUUACCGCUCCACUCUUUGACGCGCACACUUUUUCAAACCACCAACCAUGAAGUCAUUCUUAACAACGCUUACCCUUUUCAUAUCCAUUUUUGCCACACUCACCCAAGGCUUGGCCCGGUCGGACCUUAUAUACGUUAGUGCAGUCUUUAAGGAUCUUCGGGCAAAUGUCGAGCAAUACGCGGAGCACCACCGUGAUUACCCUGAGGCUCUCAUGGUUCCUGAAAUUUUCAGAUUACUUGUUGAUGCCCAGUAUCACACAGACGAUUCGUUUACCAGUUUGAUUCACCCAAGAUUCCCUAUUGCUGAUUUGAAGAACAUGGUUGUGAAUUUGCCCUGGUAUAAGGAGAGAUUGAUGGGUUCUUUGGUUAAAGCGAUGGAGGAUAUGAACAAAGGCCAAUGGGGGACUGUUACCCCGCCACCAGAUCCUAACCAAACCUUGGUGAUGGCCUCCAAGACUACAUCGGAGGAAACAACCGAAACCGAGGUUGCAACGGACCAGUAAGAUGGCAGGGGAAGCGAGAAAUGACCCAGUAUUGGAAAUCCCCUGAAAUGCUUGGUUUCUACUCAGCUCUUGCGUCCUAAAUCAUCG